AUGUUUAGAUUGAAUUAGUUGGCUGGACAAUUUAAGGAAGUCAAGUUCCUAGCAGAUCCACUUGAAUAUCUUCGAUUGUAUGACAUGCUUGAAAAUGACGAAAAGGAUAUUUGUUUUGCUGUUCGUAAAUUUGCAUAGGAAAAAGCGGCACCAACAAUCAAUAAGUAUGUUGAGGCAGCGGAAUUUCCCACAGAGAUUGUCGAAGCUUUAAAACCAUUGAAAUUGAUUCAUAAAACCAACACAUACGUCAAAACUGGUUUAGCUUAUUUAGAAUUAGCCAAAGUUGAUGCUGGUCUGUCAACAUUCUAUUUAUUAAUUUCAUCAUUGGUACCUCAUAGUAUUGAAACAUUUGGUUCAGAGGAUUAAAAAUAGAAAUACUUAACUAGGAUCAAGGAUAUGGAUAUUUUGGGAGGAUGGGCACUAACUGAAAGGGAGUAUGGAUCUGAUGCAUCAAGUCUAUAAACCACUGUCAAGAAGGUAUAGGGAGGAUACUUAUUGAAUGGCAACAAGAGAUGGAUUGGAAAUGGAAAUAAGGAUAUUUUAGUUGUUUGGGCCAGAAAUGCUGAGAAUAAUAACAUAGAAGGAUUUAUAGUGGAAAACAAAUGGGCUGGAGUUCAUGCCGAACCAAUCAAACAUAAGUUAGCAUUGAGAAUAGUUUAAAAUUGUUAAAUCACAUUUAAAGAUGUGUUUAUACCUGAUGAAAAUAGGAUGCCAAAAGCUAAAGACUUUUAGAAUGGUGUAACUUAGGCUUUGUAGCAUUCAAGAGUAGGAGUACCUUGGAUAGCUUUGGGAAUAUAAGCUGGAGUUUAUGAGAAUGUAGUUAAAUUUAUAACGAGAAGAAAAUAAUUUGGAAAACAUAUUGCUGGAUUUUAAUUAUAAUAGGAGAGAUUGACAAGGAUAUUGACAACAUUCUAAGCCAGUUUUCUGAUGGUUAUACAGGUUUCUAGAUUGGCAUAGGAGAAGAAAGCAACUUUGGGAUAGAUUGCAGCUGUGAAAGCAUGGGUUACUGAUAAAACUAGAGAAGUGGCUAGAUUGGGAAGAGAGAUGAUGGGAGGAGACGGAAUCUUAGUUGAAAAUUACUGUAUUAAGGCUUUAACUGAUGCUGAAGUGGUUUACACAUAUGAAGGAUCUUAUGAUAUUAAUAGUUUGAUUGCUGGUAGGGAAAUCACAGGUUUAGCUGCAUUUAAGUGAUGUUCUAAUAUAGGAAAUUAUAUAUAUUAUUAUUAUUUUAAA